UCAAAUUUGGCCAGACUGCCCCUCCAUCAUGGAGAGGCAGUUGGGACAAACCUGAAUGGUGCUGUGAUCUGAAGAGCCAGGUCACGCUGCCUGGAGUGGUGAGUUGGGCCCAGCCCUUUGCGAUGGGAACAGAUGCUGCUGGAUUAUGGACUACUUCAGGGAGCUCAGAAGGGUGCUGAGAUAGAAGAAUAUUCAAGUGAUUUUCUUGGAGAUCAUUCCUAUCCCAUGAGCAAAGGAAGAAAGGAGGCAGAACGUUCUGGAAGUGAAAAGCUGGCUAGGACUUCAUAGAUCUGACAUUGUCGAAGACUCAGCGAAAGACUCCGACAGUCAUUCAUAAGCAUUAUCAAAUCCACCGCAUUCGACAGUUUUACAUGAGAAAAGUUAAAUACACCCAGCAAAAUUACCAUGACAGACUCACCCAGAUUUUAACAGAUUUCCCAAAAUUAGAUGAUAUCCAUCCUUUUUAUGCAGAUUUGAUGAAUGUUCUCUAUGACAAAGAUCAUUACAAGUUGGCCUUAGGACAGAUUAAUAUUGCCAAGAAUCUGAUUGACAAUGUUUCUAAAGAUUAUGUGCGCCUGAUGAAAUACGGUGAUUCCCUUUAUCGAUGCAAACAGUUGAAACGGGCAGCUCUUGGACGUAUGUGCACAAUUAUCAAAAGGCAGAAGCAAAGUUUAGAAUAUUUGGAACAAGUGCGACAACAUUUGUCCCGUUUGCCAACUAUUGAUCCCAAUACACGAACUCUUCUGUUGUGUGGCUACCCAAAUGUUGGAAAAUCGAGCUUUAUAAACAAGGUGACAAGAGCAGAUGUGGAAGUGCAGCCUUAUGCCUUUACCACAAAAUCCCUCUUUGUGGGACACAUGGAUUAUAGGUAUCUGCGUUGGCAGGUGGUAGAUACCCCUGGUAUUUUGGAUCAUCCUUUGGAAGAGAGGAAUACCAUUGAGAUGCAGGCUAUAACAGCGCUUGCACAUCUUCGUGCUGCUGUGCUUUUUGUAAUGGAUGUGUCUGAGCAGUGCGGGCAUAGCUUGGAGGAGCAGCUAGAACUCUUCAGAAAUAUUAAACCACUAUUUGCUAAUAAGCCUCUUAUAAUCGUAGCGAACAAGUGUGAUGUGAAGAGGAUUUCUGAACUUCCUGAAGAAAAUCAGAAAAUGUUUGAAAAUUUAGAAGCAGAAGGAUUUCCUGUCAUAGAGACAAGUACUCUAACAGAAGAAGGUGUGAUUAAAGUUAAAACAGAGGCCUGUGACAGACUGUUGUCCCAUCGUGUUGAUACCAAAAUGAAAGGAAAUAAGGUGAAUGAAGUGCUGAACCGACUACAUUUAGCUGUACCAAGCAAAAGAGAUAAUAAGGAAAGGCCACCUUUCAUUCCUGAGGGAGCAAUAACACGUAAGAAACGCAUGGAAGUAGAUGUACCUAAAAAGAAGAGGGAGAGAGAUCUUGAAGUGGAAAUGGGAGAUGAUUAUGUUUUGGAUCUUCAGAAAUACUGGGAUCUAAUGAGUUCAUCUGAAAAAUAUGAUAAGAUACCUGAGAUCUGGGAAGGACAUAAUAUAGCUGAUUAUAUUGAUCCAGAUAUCAUGAGGAAACUGGAAGAGUUAGAGAAAGAGGAAGAGCUGAGGCAAGCUGCUGGGGAAUAUGACAGUGAACCAGAAAGUGAAGAUGAGGAAAUGAUGGAAAUCAGACAACUGGCACAACAGAUUCGAGAAAAAAAGAAACUAAAAAUUCUGGAAUCCAAGGAAAAAGAUACUCAAGGUCCAAAAAUGCCUAGGACAGCUCGAAGGGUCCAACGGAAGAUACUAGAGAAGGAGAUGAGCAGUCUUGGUCUUGACAUGGCUGGUAAAGAUGAAGCACAUUAUGUGGUCCAAGCAAGAAGAUCCAGGAGUGUAACUAGGAAACGUAAACGUGAAGAAUCUGAACCCCCUAAGUCUGCAGCACGCAGUCGCAGUUCCUCUCGCACACCACGUGACACUUCCGGUCUGCGAGAUGCAAAGAUGGUGAAGAAGGUUAAGACUAUCAUGAAGAAUUCUCAAAAGAAAAUGAAUCGCUUGGGCAAGAAAGGAGAGGCAGAUAGGCAUGUGUUUGACCUUAAACCCAAACAUUUACUGUCUGGCAAAAGGAAAUCUGGUACAACACAGAGAAGAUAAAACAUUUUUCUGAAUUAAAACUACUUUGCUGUCCUGCUUUUUUCCCCCCACACACCCAAUAAAAACUAGAUCAUA